AUGGCUGCUGUCGCUGCUGCUGAUGUCCCUGCCUCAGAGGCUCGGGUCAAGCCGUCCAAGCCCGAUGAGGAGGCCUACAAGGCCAGUCUCGCACAGGCAGAAAAGGAGCACACGGCUGCUCAGGAGAAGCUGGCCGCCGUCAAAGCCAAGCUGGAAGGUGCCAAACCCAACAACCAGGACUCCCCCGUCGCCAAGAAGCAGCAGGAACUCCGGACCGAACUGUCGGCGAUCCGCCAGAAGCAACAGGGUUUCAAAUCCUCGCGGUCCAGCACCCUGGAGAAGAUCAAUGCGAUCGAGUCCACUCUGAAGGCCCGCAUUGCGGAGCAGAACAACUCGCGCGGCAAGAUGUCGUUCAAGAGCGUCGACGACAUCGACCGGGAAAUCGCCCGUCUGGAGAAGCAAGUCGACUCGGGCACCCUGCGGCUGGUGGACGAGCGCAAGGCCCUGUCGGACAUCUCGAACAUGCGCAAGCAGCGCAAGAGCUUUGCGGGACUGGAUGAGGCCCAGAAGGGCAUCAAUGACCUCAAGGCCCAGAUCGCCGAGCUCAAGAAGACCCUGGACAACCCGGAGUCCAAGGCCCUGAGCGACAAGUACACCGAGAUCCAGAAGCAGCUGGAUGCCAUUAAGGCCGACCAGGACGGCGUGUUCAAGAACCUCAACUCGCUCCGCGAUGAGCGCACCAAGCUGCGCAACGAGCAGCAGCAGAAGUUCGCGGCUAUCCGCACCAUCAAGGACAACUACUACAAAGCCCGCCGUGCCUACAAGGAGUACGAGGAUGAGGCCUGGCGCGUUCGUCGUGAGCGCCAGAAGGCCGAGCGGGAUGCCUUUGAGCGCGAGAAGCGCAAGAAGGUCGCUGAUAAGAAGCUGGAGGAGGCCUCGCACCCGGCUUUCUCGGAUGAGAUCCUGACCGCGCACGGUCUGAUCCGCCACUUCGACCCGGCGUACAACUUCUCCGCGCUCGGUCUGGAUGACAAGAAGGACCAGGGCAGCAACUUCCGCGCCGAGGUCGGCCGCAAGGUGGACGACUCUGGUCUGAAGGGCGUGCGGGUUGUGCGCAAGGAGGAGCGCGAGGAGGACUACUUCGCCGGCACCGGCGGCAAGAAGGGCAAGAAGGGGAAGAAGGGUGGCGCCGCGGCUGCUGCUCCCGAGGCGGCCAAGUUCAACAUGAAUGUCGGCAUCAUCGAGGAGUUCGCCAAGGUCAAGGUCGAUCCGCCCAUGAACCAGGCCGACGUGCCCGCCGUCGUGGAGAAGCUUGCUGCGAAGAUCCAGGAGUGGAAGAAGAACCAGGCCAGCAAGACUGAGGAGGUAAUUAAGCCAUUGUUUCCUACCCGCUUCCAUUUUUGCGUUUGCUAA